UAGUGAUAGCACAUAGAUUCCUGGGUGCACAAGGCUUUGUCUGCCGUUGACAACACAUUGUUUGUUUCCGCCAGCUGAAAUUUCAGUCUGAAAACUCCCACUGACAUUCUAAUGCGGCAAAACAGACCGAUGAGCUCAUGCUGGGAGCCAGGAAAAUAAUGGCUAAAGUGGCAAAAUGUGUUAAAUCGAAAGGUAGACAGAUAAUGACCGAAAGAUAUCAUGCCGAAAUUUCGCCGUGUACCUUUCGCUAAAGCACAUGGCUGGGCCAACUUAAGUCGAAACCACUAAGCCCUUAAUAUGUGUAAAUAUUCGCCAAUUCGCCGAUACCUUCAACUAGAUAUCAAGAGCACUAUAAAAAGUGAAUGGCUUGAUAUCGGGCCAGUUACUCCGUUUGCAAUGGUAGACCAACACUUAAUCGUGGCCAAGAUCGUGGCCAUAGUGGUGCUCUUGCUCGUGACCCUGAUCUUCUGCUUUAUUCCCUAUCUUCUGGAUCGCUUCUACAAGUGGACCCAGCGGCCCGAGAACAAUGCUCGCGAAUUCAAAGUGGUGCUGUGUCUGCUCAAUUUCGGCGGAGGGGUUCUCAUAGCCACCACCUUUAUCCACAUGCUGCCGGAGGUGGUCGAAGUGGUGAACGCUCUCCAGGACUGCCGCAUGCUGGCCCCCACUCCCUUCGGACUGCCGGAGGUUCUGCUCUGCACUGGCUUCUAUCUGAUGUACUGCAUUGAGGAAAUCAUGCACUUCGCGGUUCGUCGACGGCAGCAAAGGAAGCUACGGGAGGUGGUCACGAUCAAGGAUGCGGGCGAGGAGCUGCGGGCGGAGAUUGUGGUCCAGCCAGAAGAAAGUCCUAAGGAGCCCAACUGGCUGCGUGGCCUCGGAAUAAUCGUGGCCCUCUCCCUGCACGAACUCUUCGGCGGCAUGGCCAUUGGCCUGGAGAUGAGUGUGAGCACGGUGUGGUUCAUGACCGGAGCCAUUUCCGUCCACAAGCUCGUUCUGGCCUUCUGCAUCGGCAUGGAGAUCAUGAUGGCCCACACCCGCUGGCUGCUGGCAGUGGUUUACCUCCUCGUCUUCUCGAUCGUAACUCCGAUUGGCGUGGGCAUCGGAAUUGCAGUUAGCGAAUCUGCCGCGGCUAAUCAGCCCAGCACGGUAUCAGGAAUCCUCCAGGGGCUGGCCUGUGGCACCCUCAUCUACGUGGUCUUCUUUGAAAUUGUGGCCAAAAACCAUGCGGGCAUACGCGUUUUACUAUCGUCGAUGGUGGGAUUCGUCCUGAUGUUUGGUCUCCAGAUAGCAAUUGGCGAGGCCAAAGGGAAGAGCCACUUCACAUGCCCCUAGGGUAUACUCGAAUUUUAUAAGAAAACACAAUGUUAGCCUAUAUAGAAAUUAAAAGAAACUAUCUAAAAAUAAAGCCUGAAUUGCAGUUACUUUUGGCUUUAUAAAUAUGAAGAAAAGAAAACGACAAGGUCAGGUCCUGGACUAUCAGAUACCCUUUGUGGGCCUGCGAGGGAAAUUUAUUAUU